AUGCGAGGCGAAAAUCCCAAAGGCACGCACCGCUCCGGCAACCCGACACCGUCCAUUGAACAUUUUCACGAGGGAAAUAUCGGCUUACGGCGAUCGCCCGCCACCCACUGUGCUAGCUCCUCGCGACGCAUGCGCUCCUGGUACUCGCAAAAAAGAUCAGUGGAGCUGAUAAGCCGCCAGGUACGUUUCGAGGCAGGUAGACUCUUCGCGGGAUCUCAAAGGCCCGCGCUUUACGGGCCGGGCCUCGACUUUUUUUCGGUGGUCAUUUCGACGGCCACAGUUACGUUUCGCGGCGGACCGCGUCCUUUGUUCCAGGCGUUAAGGAAUCUCACAAUUAUGGAUGCGAGUUUAGUGCCGAUGCCUCUUUUGAGGGACACGGAAUGCCGAUUUCGUCAGUCGCGGUACGUGGCCGUAAAGAAAGCAUUGCCGUCCUUGGUCAGAUUAAAAGUAAAAACGACGCUCGGCGCGGGAUUCUUGACCGCGCUUAUUACGCGUCCGCGGUUGGAUUGGAUGAGUAAAUCGAAAUGGGAGCGAGCCCGAUUCGCGGCGCCGGGCGACAGCGCGAGAUGGAUUGUCGUCAACAUUAGUGCGGGAAGCAUAUCGACUUGUCGCCCCAUAACGUCGCUGCCGGCCGCGUACGCUCUCGGCGGGCGUAGCGCUCGGUCACGUUCGGUGGAAACUGCACCCAAUGUGGAU